CGCUGCUCCAUCAUCACGGGAGCUCGUGACUGACCGGUUUCUCCUCGCGCAGGACUGUCAAAGCUCGAGCGGGUGGCGCCUCCCCUUUUCCUCUAUAUAUGACCAGCCUCAACUCAUCCGCUGUUUUACACCGUGCGUUCCCACUCAGAGAGGAGAUGUGGUCAGGAUAGAACCGCGCUCCUUUUUCUCUCGUCCUCCGAAUUGCGUUUUUAACCGAAACCUCUUGUUGCGUCCCGCGCGCGUUUGUUCUACCACCCCCUCCCCUUCUCGCUUAGCUCUUUGUGCUUUUGUUUAUUACAAUGAAGGCCAGCGCGCCGGUUCGCCCUCACAAGGUUUCUUCUGGCUGCAGUCAGCUCUCCUUGCGUUAUUUGGCGGAGCGCAGCCGAUGCAAAAUGGAAGAGGAGGAUCUUUUCUGCCUGCAGUACGACAUGAACGACUGCUACAGCCGACUCAAGCGCCUGGUGCCCACUAUUCCGCAGGAUAAGAAAGUCAGCAAAGUGGAGAUCCUCCAGCAUGUCAUUGACUAUAUCCUGGACCUGCAGCUGGCGUUGGAGACGCACCCGGCUCUCCUGAAACAGACGAGCCCACCCGCCUCCACACGGACCCCUCUCACACAAAUCAACACAGAGCAGCGGACGACGGGUGUCAAUAAGGAAGACUCAAUUUUAUGUCGCUGAAAUGUUGCACGCCGGUGUGCACUGAACCCAUCCAAAGCCAAGCCCAGCUUCACCAGGGAAUCCAACACACACCAGGCCCGAUCGCAGGGGAGCAGCACUGAAACUAAUAGCUACUAAAUCAUAAUAUGUAAACAUUUUAACGUCGGCUGUCAAAGAUGCGGGGCGAAGCCAGCCAGAUUUCUCCUGUGCCCCCGUUCUGUUCUCUCUCUCUCUCUCUCUCUCUCUCUCUCUCUCGGCGGGGGAAGCGCUGGAUUUGGACAGCAUCGGUGAGCCCUCUUCGCCCCCUUUCUACUGCAAUUCCAAUUGGAAACGAACUAAACUAAAAAAAAAACAAAAACCCUGCAUCUAAUUCGACUGUGCUAACUGUAAAGCUUUACGAGUCAAAAUGGAAAUGUAAACAUCUGACAUCUUCGUUAGGUGAUUUAUUUUUUAUUUUUUUGUUUGUGUUGAACAGGGAUUUCCCUGCUGUUUAAUAUUGUAAAGAACUACGCUAAGUGUUGACUUAAAUAAUACUGUACAUAACAAGGAGGACGUUCUAUAAAUGUAUGUGUAAGAGAGUAUAUGUUCAACCGGCUGAUUGUAAUUAUUCUAAAAUAUUUUUUAUCGGAAAUGUUUUGUUCUGUAAAUACUGUGUUUUCACAUAAAUGUAGUGAAUGAUUACAUGACGUUCUGCUAAUAAAGGUCUCACAUCAUAAACUAA